AUGGUGGCGGAAGAGGAUGUAUCACCUGCGGAGGAAGUCAGCAUGCUUGAGCUGCUGGACGAUGAUACCACGGAAGAAGAGCUUGAUGGGGAAGAUGUCGCCGCCGAGCUGCUGGACGACGACACCACGGAAGAGGAGCUUGAUGGGGAGGAUGUCGCCACCGAGCUGCUGGACGAUGACACCACCGAACUGCUAGACGAUGACACCACCGAACUGCUGGACGAUGACACCACCGAAGAGGAGCUUGAUGGGGAAGAUGUCGCCGCCGAGCUGCUGGACGAUGACACCACCGAGCUGCUAGACGAUGACACCACCGAUGAGGAGCUUGAUGGGGAGGAUGUCGUCGUCGAGCUGCUUAGCGUCGUGCUGGAGAUGAUGGAUGAUGAGGAACUACUCAGCGCCGUACUGGAGAUGACAGAUGAGGAAGAACUACUCAGUGCCGUGCUGGUGAUGAUGGAUGAGGAAGAACUGCUCAGUGCCGUGCUGGUGAUGAUAGAGGAAGAACUGCUUGUCGUGCUGGAGAUGAUAGAUGAAGAAGAACUACUCAGCGCCGUACUGGAGAUGAUUGAUGAGGUAGAUGCUGCUGCUGCUGAAGAUGCUGCCGCCGAAGAUGCUGCGGCUGAAGAUGCUGCUGCUGAGGAUGCUGCUGCCGACGACGCUGCUGCCGACGACGCCGCUGCGGACGAUGCUGCUGCUGACGAUGCUGCUGCGGAAGAUGCAGCCGCCGAAGAUGCAGCCGCCGAUGAUGCUGCUGCCGAUGAAGCAGCCGCCGAUGAUGCUGCUGCCGAUGAAGCAGCCGCCGACGAUGCUGCGGCCGAAGACGCUGCGGCUGAAGAUGCUGCUGCUGACGAUGCUGCGGCCGCAGAUGACGAGGUCUGGGCGGCUGCGAGAGCCAAAAGCAUCGAAAACGUGAACAGUAACAUCCUUGCUGAGGUUCGAAUGGCCUAUCUGUGGACGUUUGUUAGUGUGAUUCUAAUCAUCGCUUCCGGGGACAGCUGCCAUACUUACUAG